UUUGUCUCCUCUCUCUCUCUCUCUAUCUCUCUCACUAGAAGAUAAAAAAGAACACAAAGAUUCUCUCUCUCUGUAAGAUGGGCACGUGCUAUGUUCUUUUCCAACGAAACCCAUCUCUCCCUGUACAAAACUCUUUCAAAUCCAAAACCAUUCCCUGUUCCAUCCUUGCUUAGGAAUCUCAUUCACUCUUCUUCUUCUCUCUUCUUCACCAAAGAUCAAUCCUUUCUUGAUCACCCUAUGGCUUCACUUCGAAGCUUCUUUCUCCUUAACCUAAUCAUCACCCUCCUCUUCCUCAUCUCUCCCGGCUCGAGCCAAGCCUGGGACGGUGUAGUGAUCACACAAGCUGAUUACCAAGGCCUCCAAGCUGUUAAGCAAGAGUUUAUUGACCCAAGAGGGGUCUUAAGAAGCUGGAACGGUUCAGGCUUCACUGCUUGCUCUGGAGGCUGGGCUGGAAUCAAAUGUGCUCAAGGUCAAGUUAUAGUGAUUCAGCUCCCGUGGAAGUCUCUUGGAGGUAGAAUCUCUGAGAAAAUAGGACAGCUUCAAGCUCUCCGCAAGCUUAGUCUUCAUGACAACAACCUCGGAGGGUCCAUUCCUUUGUCUUUAGGACUCAUUCCUAACCUCAGAGGUCUCCAGCUUUUCAACAACCGUCUCACCGGCUCCAUCCCUGCUUCUCUCGGCGCUUCUCGUUUCCUUCAGACGCUUGAUCUCAGUAACAACUUGCUGUCUGAUCCUAUUCCAACGAGUCUUGCUGACUCCACUAAGCUACUUAGGCUUAACCUCAGCUUCAACUCACUCUCUGGUCAGAUCCCAGUGAGUCUCACUCGCUCUUCUUCUCUUCAGUUUCUUUCCCUUGACCAUAACAACCUCUCUGGUCCUGUCUUAGACACUUGGGGUAGUACUAACAACACUUCUCCUAGUCUCCGUGUCUUGUCUCUUGACCACAACACCCUCUCUGGUCCAUUCCCAUUUUCAAUCUGCAGCUUACUUGACCUACAAGUCUUUUCCCUUAGUCAUAAUAGGAUCAGUGGAACCCUACCUUCCGAGCUAAGCAAACUCACUAAGCUCAGAACAAUGGAUAUUAGCAGUAACAGUGUUAGUGGCCAGAUUCCUGAAACCCUAGGGGACAUUUCUUCUCUCACACGUCUAGAUUUGUCUCAAAACAAACUCACCGGAGAGAUUCCUGUUUCCAUUACUGAUCUGAAAAGCCUAACCUUCUUCAAUGUCUCUUACAACAACUUAUCUGGUCCUGUUCCUACUCUCCUGUCCCAAAAGUUCAACUCCACCUCUUUUGUCGGAAACCUAGGGCUUUGUGGGUACAGUGUUUCUACACCAUGUCCUCCUCUAAACCCUCCUCCACCGUCUCCCAAGAAAUCAUCUGGCAGGAGUCUGAGUACUAAAGACAUCAUCCUCAUUGCUUCUGGAGCACUCCUGAUAGUUAUGUUUAUCCUUGUGCUCAUUCUCCUCUGUUGCUUGCUGAGGAAGAAACCAGACAAAGCAAAACCUAAAGGAGGAGAGGCUGGACCAGGAGUUGCAGCUACAACAAAGACUGAGAAAGGAGGAGAAGCUGAAGCUGGAGGAGGAGAAACAGGAGGGAAGCUUGUUCACUUUGAUGGGCCAUUGGCGUUUACAGCAGAUGAUCUUCUGUGUGCAACGGCAGAGAUCAUGGGGAAAAGCACUUAUGGAACUGUUUACAAAGCUACACUUGAAGAUGGAAGUCAAGUUGCAGUGAAGAGACUGAGAGAGAAAUCACCAAAGGGCAGAAAGAGUUCGAGAACGAGAUUAAUGUAUUGGGAAGAAUCAGACAUCCAAAUCUACUUGCACUUAGAGCUUAUUACUUGGGACCCAAGGGAGAGAAGCUUGUGGUCUUUGAUUACAUGUCUAGAGGCAACCUUGCCACAUUCCUACAUGCUAGAGGACCUGAUGUUCAUAUCAACUGGCCUACAAGGAUGAGUUUAAUAAAAGGAAUGGCACGUGGAUUGUUCUACCUUCACACGCACGCAAACCUCAUCCACGGAAACCUAACGUCAAGCAACGUACUAUUGGAUGAGAACAACAACGCGAAGAUCUCAGAUUACGGCCUCUCGAGGCUAAUGAUAACA